AAGAAAUUAAAACUUUAUUAAAAUUAAGAUCUAUCAAUUUUGCUGGAGCUGCAUUGUCACCUCAAAUAGGUGAACGACUUGUUAAAUCCGGCGCCAAUAUUCAAUCUGUUUAUGGUUCGACUGAAACAGGUGUCAUUAUGGAUACACGUAUAGUUAAUAAAUCUUUUUUACCUAAUAUUCCAUGGAACGCAAUGAAAUUGGCAAUACCAGAAAGUUAUGUAAAAUGGAUAGAAAAGAAUGAUUUUAUCGAUGGCGCGAAAGAAUUAAUUAUAAAAAAAGAAGCACCAAUCCUUUCAAAUAUUAAAGGAAAUACUGAAGAUGGUGAUUAUAAAGUAGGGGAUCUCCUUCUUGAAACUCCAAAAGGUUCCGGUUUUUAUAUUUUACUUGGUCGAGUUGAUGAUACAAUUGUUCAUAGUACUGGGGAAAAGACAAAUCCAAUUCCGAUCGAAGAAACAAUACGUCUUAAUCAAUUUGUUAAACAAGUAGUAGUCGUUGGAUUUAAUAGACCAUUCAAUUGUCUUUUGAUAGAACUCGAUUAUGAAAAUAUCAAAAUGACUCCUUUCUUAGAUGUUACCAAAAAUAUCUUUGAUUCAAUACAUCAAGCUAAUAAUGAUUGUCCAUCACAUUCACGAAUCUUUGAUGAAAUGGUUUAUAUCUUACCUCUUGAAGGAAAAAUUAUACCCCGAACCCUUAAAAAUAAUGUUCAACGUAAAAAAGUUGAAACAGAAUUUAAAGAAGAAAUUGAAAUGCUUUACGAUAAUUUUGUAAAUGCAAAACUCGUCUCAAAUAAUAAAUCUUCUUCAAAUAAUGGAUGGAAUGAAGAUUCUAUAAAAUCCAUUAUAUUAGAUUCCCUUAAAUUAGCCAUUGGAGAUUCAUUUUCACUAACUGAAGAUGGUGAAACCUCAUUCUUUGCUAUUGGUCUAGAUUCUUUAUCUGCAACUAAAUUACGAGCUAUUCUUCAAAAACAAUUUCCA